AUGCUUAAGAGUAUGAAUAUUAAAAAAGAAAGUUAUAACGCUUAGCAAUUAAGUCCAUCUUUUAAAAGGAUAAUUUUGUACUUCAAUCUUACGGAUUGUUUUGAUUCUUUAAUAGAAUUAGAGAAAUUGUAAGAUCUAAAGUUACUUAGCUAAAAUACUAUAUAUUCUGAAUUCGAGGUAUAGUCAGAAUGUCAUUAUCAGCAAUCUCUACAUUUUUAUUACUUUUAAAAACUAGUUUAAGAAAAUAAAAUCGAUGAAAUCGAUAUAUUUAAUUUAACAAUAUUAAGGAUUAAUUUACUCAAACUUGCACAACAGUUUGGAAAAUGCUAUAUUAAAGUUGUUAUCCAAUACAAUAACAUUAUAAUCUAAAAUAACCAAAACUUAAUCGAAAAACAUAUUAAUUAGUUAUUUGAUGGCUUCUUAACUGAAUAAUAGGAAGUCAUAUUAGUUUCAAGUAAUUUGAAAUAGAAGAAAGUCAUUUGUUAUUUAAGAAAGCCAAUAAUUCAUUAAGAUAUCAUCCAAAUUAACAGUUUGAAUUUUAAAGAUAUAAUUUUUUAAGACCUGGUUAGUUAAAUUUUUCAAUGCAAGGAAUUUAACUCCUAAUUCAUAAGUCAUUUAUAAUCAUCAUAUGGUUAUUUUUAAUUUGAGUACAAUGAUUUUUGUUCUGUUGGUUUUGAAUGUUAUUUGUACAUACAAGAUUAGUUGGAAGUACUUUCAUACUAAAUCCUGAAAAAUGUACAAAUGUUUUAAUAUAAUAUAAAUGAAUUACUUGAAUUACCUAAUAGUUUAAAAGGUUAGAAUUUGAAAGAUGAGGAUAUUCAUCAAUUUCAAAAAUUAUUGAAUUCCCUUAUCAUUAGAUUCUGGUAAAUACUUAAUGAAAAGAAUAUAUCUAUUUCAAUUAUUAUAAAACAAAUCCACUGGGCUAUUUAAUAUUGGGAGCCUCGCAUUUUAAACCGUUUAAGAAAUUUGGCAUAAAAAAACUUGAGUUUUAGUACAUAUGCAAACAAGGAAAAGAUCUUUAUAUUUUAAUUUGAGUAGAUUAUUGAGGCAUAUCAAGAAAAAUAAAAAAUAUUUCAAGAUGAAACUUAGGAUGAAACAUUAAGUAGUUUUUUAAAAUAGGAUUUUGAAAUGAUUUCUAAUUAAUGUGCAGUAGAGGUUCAGUACUUUGAUACUCAUCUUCCAUACAGGUUUAAAUUAUUUUAAAAAUCAAAUACAAUUUCGAAUUAGUAAAAACCGAUUUAAAAAACGAAUAUCUGUGUAUUAGGCUUGACAAAAACUGGUAAAAGUACAUUGUUGAAUAUACUGAUUAAUCCUGAAAAUAUUACAAUUAUCGACCAUGGUAACCGUAUGCAUUUCUCUACAAUUGACAAAUAAAAUGGUAUUGAAAUAUCAUAAACUUGUUAAAGUGAAACUAAAUCCAUAGUUGAUCAAGAAAUUGAUGACUUUGUAUUCACAGACACACCUGGAUUUGAGGAUACUGAUAGGGAAAAUAGGUUGAUAAAUUAAAUAAAAAUCUUUUCAUAAUUACAAAGAUCUCCAUAGAUAAUCUUUUUAAUUUUGAUUGAUGGAUCAAAAUUGUGUGAAAAUAAAAAUAACCUGUAAUCUACUAUUGAACAUAUCAAUUUAUUCUUUGGAGAAAAACUAUUUGAAUCUUAGUUGGAAAACUUUAUUAUACCAGUAUUUAACAGAUUAGAAUCCGAUACCAUGAAGUAUAUAAAUAAUAUUUGGGAUAAAGAAAUCGAAGCAAACAUUUCUAAUGAUAAUAUCAGUUAUUUUUUAAAAGCAAUUAAAAAUAGAAUUGAUAAAGAGAGAUAUAUUUAAUUGUUGAAUGCCUCCAAAUAUUUUGAUGAAACAGAAAUAUAAAAUUUAAUCAAAGAAAAGUAAAAAAUUUAAGAUUAAAUUACCUAACUAUUAAGAGAUAAUAGAAUUUCAGAACAGCUUAUUUCUUUGAAUUAAUAAGUAAUUUAGUUAUAAGAAUAAAUUGAUAAUAAAUCAACUCAAAAGCCAUAAAUAAACUAUGAAUUGCUAAAGGGAAUUAAAUCAAGAAUUUUUGAUUAAUGCAGAUAAUUAUAAAAUGAAUAGAAAUAAUAACAAGCAAAAAUUGGUUUUAAUUUGGAGUUAAAUGCUGAGAUGAAAGAGAGUUAUGAUAUCAUUUUAUAAUAUUAAGAUUAAAUCUGCUAAAGGCUUUUAAAAUAAGUUACUGAUGUGAUAAUUAAUAAUAUUUUAAAUGAUCAUUCUAGAAAUGUAGAUGAUGUAAUAAACUUAUGUUCUUAAUUAUCAAAUAUUGUACAAAACUUUAAAAAGUAAGAAAAUAUAAGUGUUUUUGCAUUUUUCGAUUCCUUGAUUUAGCAAUUUCAUAAUCUUUUCAUAAAUCAACGUUUAGUUAUGGAUUUAAUUGAUAAAUUGAAGUCUGUUAAUAACCUCUCUUAAUUCAUUAAUAAUGGGUAAAAAAUUUAGAAUAUCUCAGUUUAAUACUUAGAAGAUGAAUUAGAACUAGUAAAGAAAAGCUCUAGUUAGGUGUAAAAUAAUUAGCAAAUUAAAAAUUCCAAAUUUAGAAAUAAAUGGAAAAAAUUAAGGAUUUCUUUUUUUAAAUUUAUAAGAUUGGUUGAGAAGGCAUAAACCCUUGAGCAAUCUACUAAAUUACGCUAUGAAAGACUCCGGAUGAUAAUCUUAAAAGAUGAGUAUGAAUAAUUAAAAAAAUCUUAAGCGCCAAUAUUAAAUUAAUGA